UUGUGAGCUGGAGAGAGAUGCAGGAGGGUGGGUAGCGUAGCAAAACGAAAUAGUAAACUCUGAGAAUAAGGUCGGUGGCAAGAUAAAUGUGUUUGGCAUGUUACUUUUGUGCAGUAUGUGUUAAUGUAAUGAUAACUAACUUAUGUUAUAUGUUGUGAGCUUUGUUACCGUGACCGUAAUGUACAAGGACUGAAGGAGGAGUGGUGUUUUAAACUGGUUUCCGGUGACGCAUAGCUAGAUCAUCGCUAGCCAACGUUACUACCCAGCAGUAGAGUAGACUUUUUCGGCCCAUCAAAUUAAUACGUAACAAUGUGCUGGCUUUAAUUAUGCUUGUAUUUGGGAUUAUUCGCUAUUGGGAACUACGUAGAUAUUGAUCUCGAUUUAAUCUAAGUACAAAGAAAACUGACUCUGAACUGUACUGUAAUCAAUAUGACAAAUCUGUAGCAGUCAGGCCUAGCCAGGGAUGGGCCGUGGUCACGGGUUAUAGACUGGAGGUUUGAGCGGUAUUUCAACUAGUACCGGGUGGUUCCGUGUAGUUCAGCCGUGCCUGGGUCUCUUUCGACCGACCAGAGCAGCUGCACGCAUUGCCCCUUCGCUACAAAUAGAUAGAUUAAAGCGUCAAUCAGAAAGCGAAAUCCCGGCCACUGUUUAGGUAAAAAGCUGAGGGAUAGGACUGGAGAAAUGUAUCUACUCUCAAAUUCAUAGACAGAGCUAUGGAUGCAAGGACUGACCAUCCAUUAUAUCAAAAUAAUAGUUUUAACCAUGUUUUGAGGCUUUAUAAUGUGUGUUUACAUUUACGUUGUUUACAAACAUUGAAGGUAAACAAGCUUUUAUUUUGGGUUCUGAUGGAGUGUGACAGUUGAACUAAGAUCGAGGCUUUUCUAAAUUAUAUUCUUCAAGAAUCGAUGGGCCCAUAUCAUUAAUUUAGCAACUGCUGAUUGCCCCUUUUAAUUAUAGUGUAAUUAUUGUAUUUGUUCAUGUUUUAUUAGGAUCCCCAUUAGCUGUUACAAUAACAGUAGUUCCUCUCCCUGGGGUCCUAAUCUAGGAGGCGGAAAGGGCAGAGAGAGGGAUAGCCUAUGCCGUUAGAGAGAAUCUAGUUCAGUAGGACAAGAUUGGGUUUUCAGGAGUGAGCAAAUGUCAGACCCGCUUCACAGGACUAUAUAUAGUCUGUCAGAAAACUAGUGGUGGCUGACCCCUGUAGAGGGGCAAGGUUCUUUCAUGGAGCAACAAAGCCUGGAAGACGACUAGCCGUGGCCGACCCCUGUAGCACACUGGGUCUCAAAUCUGUCCUUGGGACCUCAAGCCAUUCCAUGUAUUUGAUCUACUCCAGAACUAGCACACCUGAUUCAACUUUUCAACUAAUCAUCAAGCCUUUGUGUAGGUGAAUCAGGUGAGCUAGUUUAGAGCUAGAUCUAAAUUGUGAAAAGUCUGGGGAGAGGUUUGAGAACCACUGCUGUAGAGGUGCAAGGCUCUUUUAUGGUGCAACAUAGCUUGGAAACCUAGUGCCAGUCUGUCACACUAGUCCGCUAGUACUGGAAUGCAGUGUUCCAUUGUUGGAGUGCAACCUGCCUCAAAGCAUAAUAAAGCCUCUGCCAAGAGGCUCAGACCUUUAUUGCACAGGAGGUUUCCUUGUAGCAAAGUCACUGGUUCCAGCUCCCUUAUUCACCACACAAUCAAAAUAAAUACAGUUGGAAGAUGGAACUGCUUGUUUUGAUCCGUUAUGUUAUUUGCAUGUCACUUUUGUUUGUAUUGGUCUGUAAUGGUACCUUUGUCGAGAGCUCUGUUACUACGUGUCAGUCAUUUAUGUACACUGACUGAAUGAGAGGUGUGUACACAAUCAAAAUGCCAUAGUCAGCUGUGGUUGUGACUGAAUUAUACAGAUGACACAAGCUGCAUUUUUGCCCAUAGCUCACAGUUCCUGGUGUCUACCGUAGGUGUAGGAGUGUUGGUGGUGCUCUGAGAGAGAGUGUGUGUGUGUGGCGGUGCUCUGAGAGUGUGUGUGCCCAGAGCGAGCCACCAUGCCCGUGACAUCACAGCUAUUCCGAGGCUUCCCUCGAGCGAAGCUCUGGGGUUCCUCUCUGUUCCCAUGCCAACGCCAGCUCCCCUGCUGCCCCACCUCCCACCGGCCCACCUCGUCGCAGCCCCACCCCAUAUGGCCGACAGCCAUGCCCGUGCGUGGCUAUAGGAGGAGCCCUGACCUCCACAGCUACAAUCUCACCCCCCCACAGGUCAACUCAAUCCUCAAGGCCAACGAGUACAGCUUCAAGGUAGGGGCGGUCGAUACACACAACGAGUACAGCUUCAAGGUUCCAGAGUUUGAUGGUAAGAAUGUGUCGUCGGUGAUGGGGUUCGACAGUAACCAGCUGCCUGCCAACGCACCCAUCGAGGACCGGCGCAGCGCUGCCACCUGUCUGCAGACGCGGGGGAUGCUGCUGGGAGUGUUCGACGGCCAUGCGGGCUGUGCCUGUGCACAGGCGCUGAGUGAGAGGUUGUUCUACUACGUAGCCAUGUCCUUGAUGCCCCAUGAGACCCUGUGUGAGCUGGAGGCUGCAGUAGAGGCAGGCAGGCCCCUCAGCCCCAUCCUGCAGUGGCACAAACACCCCAACGACUACUUCACCAGGGAGGCACAGACUAUGUACUUCAACAGCCUCAGAACCUACUGGCAGGAACUCAUAGACCUCAGCAGUCCAGGGGAGAGCCUAGGGCCCAGAGAGGCGUUGCUGAGUGCCUUUAAGAGACUGGACAGUGACCUGUCUCUGGAGGCUCAGGUGGGAGACGCCAAUUCCUUCCUCCACUACUGGGUUCUAAGAGUGGCCUUCUCUGGAGCGACUGCCUGCGUAGCUCACAUUGAUGGGUCCGACCUGUAUGUAGCGAACACGGGCGACGGCCGGGCGGUGCUGGGGGUCCAGGAGGAGGACGGCUCGUUCAGCGCUCACACGCUCUCCAACGACCACAACGCCCAGAAUGAGAACGAGGUGGCCCGCAUCCAGGGGGAGCACCCCCCCUCUGAGAAGAAGACUGUCGUGCGACAGGACCGGUUGUUGGGCCUGCUGAUGCCGUUCCGUGCGUUUGGAGAUGUGAAGUUCAAGUGGAGCAUUGACUUGCAGCGAGGUGUGUUGGAGUCAGGACCAGACCAGCUCCAUGACAACGAACACACCAAGUUCAUCCCCCCCAAUUACCACACCCCUCCCUACCUCACGGCCGAGCCUGAGAUCACACACCACCGCCUCCGACCUCAGGACCGCUUCCUGGUGCUGGGUACAGACGGGCUGUGGGAGACGCUCCAUCGACAGGAGGUGGUCCGGAUCGUAGGGGAGUAUCUAACGGGGGUCCACCAGCGCCAGCCCCUCACCGUGGGGGGUUACCAUGUCACCCUGGGACAGAUGCAGGGGCUGCUGGCUGAGAGGAAGGCCCGUGCCUCCUUAGCGUUCCAGGACCAGAACGCUGCCACCCACCUGAUUCGCCACGCGGUGGGCAACAAUGAGUUUGGAGCAGUGGACCACGAGACGCUGUCCAAGAUGCUGUCUCUGCCUGAGGAACUGGCCCGCAUGUACCGCGACGACAUCACCAUCAUCAUCACACAGUUCAACCCCCACGUGGUUGGACACCAGCGCCAAGGGGGGGAGUCCUGAGCCAGCUCAGCCUAUCAGAGGGGAACGUGGACAUGAACAGGAAGUUUACUUUCUAGGAGGAAAAACAGGUCCAGUGAGGACUGGGUCUUGCUACAGACACAUGGUUAAGCUCUAAUCUUUAUUUUACCAAACGCACACAAAACAUACUGUUAAUGGACUAGCCCUGCAGAGGGAGGACUGCCUACCUUCGGACUCCUUAUUUUAGGACUGUUAUUGAAGAGGUGUGUGUACAGUAUGUGCACAUGUGAGCACACAGUCCUGGUCAUGUGGAUUGUUGAAAUGCUUGCUGAUACUGAUCACAAGUUGGCUCUUUUCUGAGUCUUGUGGCCUGGUGUGUGUAUGAAGCUUUUUAAAGGAUAUUUGAUCAACCUCCCUGCAGCAUUCUGCUUCUCUGCUCUGUCACAGUCUCUGCCCAUAGGAAACUUUAAUUUGUGCCUAAAGAGUUGCUGCUUUAUAACUAUGUUGUCUAAGCAUUGAGGUAAUGAUAUGGUGGCAGCCUUUGUGUUUGUUCAAUCUGGCCUGUCUACUCCUCUACAAACAUCCCUCCCUCUUUCAUAUCACAGAUUCUGUGCUGUGCAGUUGCAGCAUCUGUCUUGCUCUAGAGCUGCAACUGGCCUCCAUCCUGGCUCUACCGCAUGGCUCUUCUGUUACAUAGUAGGGCUCUGUCUGUCUGUGUUCUGUCAUUGGAUGGAUCAGUGUCCUUUAUACUUGUUACAGACGGACAGCCAAGAGCUCCCAGGCACACUUCUUGUUAUCUUGAAUAAUGUUUAUUUAAAAUGUUUUUAAUCUGAUUUCAAACAUUGACUAUUUUGUCAACCUUAGAGAGGAAUAACUGCCUGUGUCUAUAAAGCAGAUGUUAUUGCUCUGAGACAGACGGCGUCACUAAGAUAGGAACCAGUAGAGCUACGUAGUGUGCAGGCUUUAGAUCCAGCACUAACACCUCUAUCACAACUACUCACCCACAGGAAUCAGGUUUGUUAUGCGCUGAGUGUGUCUGAGAGAUUCUACAGCAGACUGAAGGAGUGGUGGUAUUCUGUAGAGGAGAGAGAGAGGGGUGUGUGAUCAGACGUUUAUUGUUUUAGGGUUGCAGAGUAUACAUGUUUCAAAGGAACAUAGUGGUUGAACCUCUCGUGUUUUUUGACAAUUAUACUCUCAUACGGGGGGAUAUGGUAUACUAACGUCAUCAUGCUUACAUGGUGGGUAUUCUAUCAAACAUGUUUUUAAAAAGUUAACUUUUUAGUUUUUAACAGUGAAUCAUUGCUAGCCUGGUGUCAGGUCUCUGUCUGAGGUAACCAUGGAAUUAGGAAUGGAACUGUAACCAUCUCCUGUCAUGUUCAUGUCAAACCUCCAGGAGUGACUAAAACAGAGACAGACUUAGUCUCUGUUGGCAGGACACUAACCAUGGUGUGGUUCUAGGCUUGUAUAGGUCAGAUGAAGGGUGUGCAUCAUAUGAGGUUGUAUAUCUCAUGGUGGUGUAUAUUUAGGAGAGGAGAGAAUGUAAAGCUGAAGGUGGCUCUGUCUGGAUGCUGGCUGAAUACUUGAAGGUUAUUUAUGCAACUUUUAAUAUGUCACAGUUAUUUAUCCACAAUUAUAUGAGAUGUGACAGGUAUGUAUGUACAGUGUCUUUACCUGUUUGGGCUUGAGACUAAAGUUUUUUUGUAUUUGGAAACUUAAUAAAACACUGACUACACACAA